AUGGAUGAUGAAAAUAAAGUUAAAUUCACUGCUCAAGAUUUAUAUGAUAAGAAAGCAGACAAAACAGAGCUUCAAACAUUAAAGACAGAAAUACUUCAAACAUUAUAUCCUGUUGGUUCUAUUUAUACGUCAAUGAACUCAACAAAUCCAGCAACAGUUUUAGGUUUUGGUACGUGGAAGCAGAUUGUAGAUAAAUUCUUAUACUGUGCUAGAUAUUCAAAGCAAACAGGAGGUUCGAAGAAAAUUAAAGAAGCAAACCUUCCACCGCACACUCAUACAGGAACUACAAACACAACAGGAAAUCAUUCACAUUCAAUAACAAAAAGAGGUUAUACAAAUCUUGCAGCGGGUUCGGAUAGAUGGGGAAUGAAUAGAUAUGAUAUCACAACUGACCCAGUAGAUUCAAGCACAGGUAUUUUCUGUGGAACCUCAGGUAAUCAUUCACACACUUUCACAACAAAUCCAACAGGCUCGGGUAAAGAUUACAUGCCACCAUUUGUGACUGUAUUCGCAUGGUACCGCGUUCAUUGA